CCCCCAUCUCCUCCUGAUCUCGCCAUCAAGCUCCCCGACCACUCUCUGCAGUCAUAGGCUCCGACCGCCACCCUGUUUCCCAUCUCCCCCAGCUCCGGUCUUCCAGCGAACCACCUACACCCACAGCCACAGGUCGCCGACGUGACCCACUUCUUCUACCGCAGCGUCCCUGAUGUCGAUCUCCAGCGCGACAACAACCAAGCUGACCUGCCCUCCGUUCACUGUCGCCACCCUGCAUCGUUCAACGACACAGCACCAAGCCGUUCGAUGCCGCAGCUCGGGAGAACGCUCGAGCGACAUUCACCGUCGGCACCAUAGUCCACUCACCGUCGCAACGAUGAGGUCUGGCCGUCGUCACCCACGAGCGCGCACUCGCAUCCCUCGAGCUUCAAGUAGUGUCCUCCUCUAGCUGCAGGUCGCGUUCUCCCUCCAGUCGCAGGCCAAUGCUAUGAUGCACAUUCAAGGCAGCAAGCACACCACAUGUCGCAGCGCCGCCGUCAAACACAUGUGUGCAUCCGUGCGGUUGAUGCGUGUGUGCUUUAGGAAUGAGACCAUGGGGUCAGGGUCAGUGGAGGUGACAGACAGGGUUGAUUCGGAUAGGGCGUCCAAGUGGGCGCGCAAGAAGGAGAAAAUGUUGUGCUAUCGUUGUGGAGACAAGGGUCAUUUUAUUGCUGAGUGCGUGGCUGAACUAUGUGAUACUUGUGGCAAGCCCGCACAUGAUUUGGGGGAAUGUCCGCUUUUGCAUGAUCUGGCACCGUCCCUUAUGAUGUAUGGAGUGUAUUGUGCUGAACUCACGUUCUUUGAGUCUCCUAAUGAGAGGGAGGCUCCUGACAAGACCCAGAGCAUGACCACUGGGAUUGUCAAAGUUACCAGAGGAGAGGUCUCUGAGACGCAGAUUGUGCAGAGGCUGAAGGAGUUAGCUCCCAGUGACUUCCAGUGGGAGCUCGUUAGUCUCGAGGCAAAGUUGUUCAGGGUUGAGUUCCCUUCGGUGGAGAAUUUGCAGAGACUUCUGAGUUUUGGGAUGUGCAAAGUGCCGGGUACAGAUUGUAUCCUCGAGUUCCAUGAAUGGAAGAAGGUCAAGCCUCAAGGUAAGCCUCUUACUCAGGUUUGGCUGCGUUUUUCUGGGGCUCCCUCGAAGCUGAUGCAGAAUGCUAGGGUCGUGGCUAGUUUGGGCAUUAUGGUGGGGAAAACUGAGAGAGUGGAUAUGGCUUUUACCAGAGCUCACGGGGUAGCCCGACUGCUGGUUAGUGUUCUGGAUAUUGAGUUCGUGCCUGAUGUGGUCAAGUGGACAUAUCGAGGCCAGGUUUUUAAUCUCGUGAUUGAGUUUGAGGAUGAGAGUCUGUUCGCCGAGGCGGCUAACGGGACUGAUGUUGAUAUGCACAAAGGAGAUGACAGUUCGGGAGCUAAGGAGGCACCGGUCGAUGAUUCUGGAUGAGAGUUGUCCAAUGGACCGGGGUCCGAUUCUCAGACGCUCGGGGAUGGGACGAUACCACCCUCCUCGGUGCCUAUGACUUCUCUGAGAUUUGGGUCUUUCGAGCCUGCUUCUGCGCCUCUCAGACUUUGGAGUGAUCGGGUGGAGUCUGACGAGGUUUUUGAGCACGCGUUACCUGCUUUGGAUUUUGAGGAUGCUGUGAGCCCCGUCCUUGGGGCAUCGCCGAUCUCGGUCAGGGGAGAGGAGGAGGAGUCUAGGCAGGUGGCCACUCCCUCUCAUACACAGCACGUUGACUCUCCUCAGGACGAGGUUCUGGUGGUGGAGGUCUUACCUUCGGGAGGGGGUCCGGGGCAGGUGGCCUCGGCUCUCUCUUCUUCUUUCGCGGUGCCGGAGCUGCAGGGGGCGGUUCCGCCUUCUGAAGGGGGCUCGGGGCAGGUGGCCCCGGCGCCCUCUUCUCUUCUCGCGGUGGACGAGGUCUCAGUGGUGGCGGUCUUACCUUCGGGAGGGGGUCCGGGGCAGGUGGCCCCGGCACUCUCUUCUCCUCUCGCGAUGCCGGAGCUGCAGGUGGCGGCUUCGUCGUCUGGAGGGGGUUCGGGGCAGGUGGCCUCGGAGCCCACCUGGGGCGCCUAGGGUGGCCGCCCAUCCUAUGGUGGGUGGGGAGUUCGGGCAGGUGGCCCAUGCACUCCCCUCCCUCGGUGCGUUGCCGUCUCUGUGCUGUGGGGUGCGACCGACGUUGGCGGCGCCUUCGAGCGCCCACCGCUUUCAGGCGUUCCCGCUGGUUCGUCCAUGGAGGCCGACCGGCUGCGUGUUUGGGGUGAGGCAGGAGGCCCCACCCCGAGCAGGGUCACUCGGGAGGAGGUUAUUGCGUUUGGAGGGAUUCCGGAUCCGGUCUCUGAGGGGCGACGGAUGAGCUGCUGUCUCCAGGAUCAGCCGGAGGUUGACGACAUACAGCAGCGGUGCGCCAUGAGGGCGGCCAAGCUUCGUGACGUUGAGGUCACUACUGGUUAUUUUCCGAGCCACUGCGCUGAUCCGUAUGUGGUCGUUACUCACUCCGACGGAGGCCAGGGAGCGUUUGGUUACUGGAUCUAUCAGCUGGGAGAUGGUAGCUCGGGAUAUCUUCAACCGGUUUGGCUGGCGGUCAUGUAAUAGGAUAGGCGAUUAGUUUACAUAUCUUUGUUAUGCUAGCCGGUUGUGGCCUCUUGGCAUUUGUGUUUGGCGUUGUGGCUCUCCAUGAGCUUGCCGUUAUUUUGAUUUCAGACAGUAAGACCUUGUUGAACCUCUUUAUUUAUCUAUAAAGGUGGUCGUAUGCAUCGUUCUGAUGCAGAGGCCGGGGAGUACCCCUUUUCAAAAAAAUAAUCUAAAAUCCGUUCAGUUUAAUUCUUAUGCGUCGUCUUGGCAAUGCAUCGCGCAGGCACCGACCUCCUCUGGUUGGGCCACACCACCACCGACCAGUCCACAAUGGUUGCUGGUAGCCGUCCAAGUUGAGAGCUGAUGGUGGUUCAUAUAAAAAAAGAAGAAGCAAAAGGCAGUGAUUCAGUAUGUAUUAUAUGUCCAAAUUAUUUUAAUUCAGAACAAGGCUUCCAAACAUGGUUCAGUUUCAGCACAAAAGCUCGGUUCAACAAAACCCAUGCCGGCUUGGAUAUAUCUUUGUAACCCAACAGAUGUGAAUGCUAGUCUUCUUACCGACUUGCCACUUAAUAAGUUAUUGGACUAACCAAAA